AUGAUUUCAUCCAAGCAGGGAGAUGUCGAUUACAGUGAAGAAGUGGAAACUUUGGUGACAAUAUUUAAAAAACAGCAUCGUCCAUGGCGAAAUAAAGUUCGGAAGAAAGCUGCUAAGGAAGCGAAAAGAAAACUGAAGAAAGAAAAUGGUAAUGAAUACACCAUCUCUUCAAGUGAUGUGCAAAUAAUGAGAAAAAAGAGGAGAAGUAGAGUUAAGAGGAUCAACUCUAACGGUUCAACUGAAAAUGGCGCAAUGAAUAGACAAGAAAUAAAUGAUAGAGAAGGGAUUGGUUCCUCACUAUUUCGAUAUAUCAACGAGCAGUUAUAUACUAUGAGUGGUGCGAAAGCUAUGGAACUAUUUCGAAAGGAUCCACAGGCUUUUAAAUUGUACCACAAAGGAUAUCAGAAACAGGCAAACAAAUGGCCUUUUAAUCCAGUUCGCAUCAUUAUUCAAUGGAUAAAAUCAUUGAAGCAUAAUGGCUUAGUGAUUGCUGAUUUGGGAUGUGGAAAUGCAACAAUUGCUGAUGCACUGUCACAUAUAGCCACUGUACAUUCAUUCGAUUUGGUUGCUGUGAAUGAUCGCGUUGUGGCGUGUGACAUGUCCAUGGUCCCACUGUGUAAUGAAUCGGUGGAUAUUGUUAUUUUUUGUCUUUCAUUGAUGGGGACUAAUUUGAACGAAUAUUUGAUAGAAGCGAAUCGAAUAUUGAAGAAAGGUGGUUUUUUGAAAAUAGCCGAAAUUGCGAGUCGAUUUAUAAGCUUAAAACGGUUCAUUCACGCCGUAGCAAAAAUGGGAUUUGCUAUUACUGGAAAGAUGAUGAAAGAUGGUGGUUAUUUUGUAAUUUUGGAAUUUAUGAAAACUGGUAAAGUGGUGCAGAAACGACCUAUUGGAUUAAUAUUGAAGCCUUGUUUGUAUAAAAAGCGGUAA